GUUCGUAACUCGGCUACUCACCAUUAUGCAACCUCCGAAACAAGUUCUUUGAAUGAGUGUUUAAUUGCAGACAUAUUUUAGAAGCAAAAAUGACUUUGUUUUCCAAAACUGUAAGCUUCAAUGAUAUGGUUCCUAUUUUACCGGCAUUGGAUCUACCUGUUACACUCAAAAUGUUAUUCUCCCACAAGAACUUUGUGCACGCUCUUGCCGGCGCAGUGGUGAGUACAUCAUACACAUGGCUAACUUGUGACAGCAUAUGUGUUUUCGUCCGCACUGAAUGUAGACACACUUUUUGUGAUUGUAUGAUAGGGCCCAUUCGGUUUAAAAAUGCUUGAAUAUUCUAAGGAUGCGAAGAAUGAUGCGAAUCACAGGUUAUUUCGGUUACUUCCCAGAUCAGGUGAUGUCUGAGGACAAAUAUCCGCGUAUAUUUUCGCACGCAAUAAAGGAAAUUUUAAUGUCGACCCUUUCAUAGUUUUUUAUUACCUUUAAGACGUGAACCAUCGAGCAAGAAUCCAUCAACAUUGUGCUACAGAGGUUCUCAAAAGGCAAUUGGCAGCUUCAACCCCCCCUUAAGUAACUCACUGGGGAGGGGGGGGUUGGUGGUGGCUGGAAUUUGAACAACCCAAUCUUCAAAGUCUGGGGAGGGGGAUUUUGAGGCUUUGAAUUGAUUGAUAUGUUACUUCAUAGUGGUGACAAUUCUACAGAUUUGCACUUGUAUAGUGGGGAAAUUUUGUCCAUAUCCCCUUUCCCCAGCUUAGUGAUCAGCUGGAAAUGUCCUAGCUAUGGUCAAACUACCAUACCUGAGUGGAAAGCUAGAACAGAUUCUCUGAAAACAAAAAUCUCGUAUUAAUUACUUUUUGGUAACAAACAGCAUAACGACUGAUUGCUCUGACUAUUCCUUAAAAGAAACCUAACACUACAUACAAGGAGUGAAAAAAGCUACUUAGACAACCAACCUGUUGCAAGUGAUCUUUCUCCAGGGACUGGUAUUCUUUUUUUACUCUAGCAGACAUAUGUGAAUGUGGUAAAAAAUAAUUAUUCAGGGUUAAUGGUACAAAGCCUAACCUACCACUAUACAAUGAUGAACUGAAUAGUAUUUUAUUUAAACAGGGAAGUGUGACAGCUAUGACAGUGUUCUUUCCAUUAGAUACUGCAAGAACCAGACUUCAAGGUUGGUUAUUCUUUUGUGGCUCUGGAAUUAGGGGUGGGUUACUCAAAUGUAAAGGGAGGGAAAAUAGUAUGUUAUAAAAACUCUUAGAGGAUAUAAGGUUGAUACAAUUUCAGCUCUUACAUAAGUGGGUGUAACUGUUUACUUAAAACUGAAACUUACUGAAAUACCUUGAACCUUUAAUAAGUGCUGCAGACAUAAACUUAAAAUUCAUUGAAAAGUGAGUGGAAAGGUGUGUAUACAUGGUAGUAGUUUAGAGCAGGGAAGGUACUUGAUAUUUCACAAACUGUGCAGAUAUGAUUGUUUUGCAGCAAUUUGAUGACGUAGGUUUGAAAACAAAAAACCAAAAAAACUGGGUAUGAAUAAACAAAGUUGAUCUCUAGGUUUCAUUUUUAUAACAGAUAGUAAUCUUUUUGCUCACUCAACAUGCCAUAAUAUGGAAAAGGCAUGUUUUGAAUGUGUAAAUCUAAUACUUCAAUACUAUGAUUACACACUGCUGUGGCAAAUGUGACCACCUGUCAACAGAGGGAGAGGGAAGGAAGAACUUACCACUUAAAGGGAGUGGACACUUUCAAAACUUGUAGGCAGAUAGAGAGGUGGCACUUAUUUGAAGAAUGUUUGUGCUUAUUUUUGCAGCCAUUUUUUUUCUUUGGGGAUGGGGAGAGGGUUGAUCUAAGCUUUGUCUUUGAAAUUUUUGCCUGUCAUGACUGUGUAUCAAGUUUUCAUUGUCACACAACAAUAUUUUUGUAGUUGAUGAUAAAAGAAAAGCUAAAAACACAGGACAUAUUUUGAUGGACAUAAUUCAAGAGGAAGGAGUGUAUGUAUGAUAUUCAAUUUAUGGUCUUUUGUCAAUAAUAUUUUCAGUAGAAACCAAAAUCUGUAGACUAUCACUGUAAUUAUGGUGAUUACAAUUACAGCCACUUACAUCUAAUGACUACAAAGAUUAUGAAAGUCUAUUUGUAGACUCUGCUCUCUAGUAUGUCAAUUAUAUCUUGCUUGCAAAGUUAUUUCCUGAAAGGUUUUGGUAGUGACGUAGUAAGACACUUUUAGGCUCUUCCUUUACAUAGAGUAUUAUCAGCAUAUGAAUGCACAUUCAUUGCCUGAACAAUCUAAAUUAAACUUACAGAUAUGUGAUAUGUGGUUUACACUGGCAAUCAUUUAAUUUUUAAUGAAAAUGGAAUUUCAGUUUUUAAUUAUUAGUGAAAAUCACAUUUUAAAGAAUAUGGCAAAGAUACUGAAUGUUAAAAGCUAAGUUUUCCAUUUGUUUCACAAUGAAGUCACGUGUGAUGUAGAUCGUGACAUUUCGAGUGCAUACUGCUAGUCUUCUUCAGGUGAUGAGGUUGACUGGUCAUGCAUGAUCUUAUAAAGCAUGAUGCUCUGCUGUGAUUAGUUGUUUUUCAACAGCUCUGAUUAGUGCAUUUCGAUCCUUGCUGUUUCACUCAGUGAUUUGCUCCCUUGGUGGUCCGUUGCCACACAGCUCUCCUGUUGUUGUGUUUUUUUAUCACGGGCAUCCACGCUUCUGGAAUUUCUAUUUCACUCUCCCUGUUGAUGUUGUCAGGGUGAAGUCUUAUAUGAAUUGCCUCUUUGACCCUGCGCAUGUAGUAAUAAGGGUCAUGAUCAAUAAACUUUACUUUGUUCCAGAGUGGCUUGUGUCUGAUAUUGUGGGCAUGCUCUGAAACAGUGAAGGUCUUGGUAUGGGCGAGUCAGAUGUCUCAAUCAUGCUCUCUGUAAUUCUGUCUUGCAUGGGUCUUCCAGACUCUCCGAUGAACACCUCGCCGCAUUCACAGGGAAUCCUGUAAACUACGCCAUCUUGUUCAGGCAGGUUGACAGCAUCUUUUGGUUGUACUAGCUGAGAUCUUAGCGUAGUCUCCAACUUGAAAACAGCAUGUACACCUUGUUGAUGUGACCUUAUCGCCUUAAGAAGACUAGCAAUAUGCAGUCGAAAAGUCGCAAUCAACAGCACAUGUGACUACAUCGUAAGACAAAUGGGAAACUUAGCUUUUAUUGUUAUUCACCAUGAUGAAUAACCACAGCCUUUUUUAAGAAAAUACUAAACGUUGUUUGUCUGGAUGUGUUACAGAUACUCUUUGUACCGUGGUCUCCUUCCAGUCCUGUCAAGCCUUUAUUGCUCCAAUUUUCUCUAUUUUUAUACCUUCAACGGUCUUAAGGCAGUAUUUGUAGGGAGAGGAGAAGUUUCUACAUCACUGCAAGAUCUGUUAUUUGGAUAUUUAGCAGGUAAUGCCAUUUCAGCGUUCUUUUUUCCAUUGAAAGGUGUAUUCAGAGUACUAUCAUGGUUGGCACAGGUCACAGCAGAAAAAUCUUUCAUAGUCAGAAAAAAGUCAGAGAGUUAAUUUGUUUUUAGUCCAGGAGAAUUGAGAAGUGAAUUGAGGCUUUUCUUAGAGAUUGAGUUUGAUUAAAGUCCUUCUGAGUUACAGAAUGCCAUGGGGAUCACAUCCAGAUCACAUGAGAUCAGCAUUCAACCACUUGAUGCACCAAAUAGUAUUAAAAAAUGUAUGUGCAUAGCUUCAUCGCUAAUGUGCAGAAGGGUAGGUGGGUCAGACAUGUGUUCCAUGGUAUUCUGUAACUUGGUAGAAGUUCAAUGUAGUGGUAGGUCUUGAAUCAUUUCUUAAUUCUGACUCAUUACAAUGGGAGGGAAUUCCAGGAGAUCUCAAAGAGAGAUAUGCUGUGUUUAAAUAAAAGCUUGACAAGGAGCAUUCCUUUCUUUCAGCAAACUCUGUUGUGUGAGAAAAAAAAAGUGCAGAAAAAAAUUGAUGAAAAUGCACCAUGCAGAACUCUGGCAGUGAGGUGCACAAAAAGUAGUUUAGUGCAACCCACAAACAUUCUUUUCACUUUUGUUCAUUUUACUUUCAAGAUGGACUGUGGAAAAAAGGAGGGACUGCUUGUAGAUAACAGCCAACUGAAAACUAUGUUAACUCAACCACAAUGUAUUUGUCUUAAUUAGCUUACAAUUAGCCCCCCCCCCUUUUUUAUCGUAAACUGUGUGAAGUGCACUAUGAGUCACAAGAUCCUUUUGAAGGUCAGGGUUUUUGGUAAACUUGGAAUGAACUGAUUCCAAACACCAGUCAGUUGUACCCCACACCCCACCUUGAUUUUAAGUCUCAUCCUGCAUGCCACCAAAUGUAACAAUCUUAUGAAUAAAACUUGGAUGUGGAUUGUUUCAACUGACAAAGUUGACACACUUUUUUACGUAAACUGAACUAAGUUUGAUCUGGAUAAAUUUUUGAGCAUAAUCAUGAUCUGGCUUUUGGUGUGCAGUCUUCCUCCAGAUGCGUCCUUUAUUUGCUCUAUGGCUCAGUCAGUCUUUGGUAAUUUACACAACACAUUUCUUUAAGGUUUUUUUUGCAGAGUUUCACUGCCUCUCUUGUUAUUUGGUGAUAAAUGUGAACCAAAGCAUAUUCUUGAUGUACAGGCUGCUACCAUAUUAAUAUUUACUGCUUCCUUUUUCAGGAAUUGUAAAUGUUCUCAUGACAACACCCCUAUGGGUUGUAAAUACCCGCUUAAAAUUACAAGGAGCAAAAUUUAGGACUAAGGAAAUUGAAUGUUCAAAAACAGCAAAAUACAAAGGAAUCAUUGGUAAGUACAUUGUUCAUAGUCUAUGCAAAGUAGUUUACCAGAGGUGACUGCAUCACAAAAUUACCUGGGUUGAGCAAGCAAACAAAUAGCAAAACUUUGCUUUGAAAGCAAGACUUUUUUUUUUACCUCGUUUUGAGUAUCAUGACAUUCUUUACGGGCUAAGUUAGUGAGGUAUAAAAAACAUCAUAGCUUGGACUGAAAAAGUUGUGUGGCUAUUCUUUCAAUGCAAAACCAAUACAGAUGUGGGUACAACUUAAUUUAUUAUAACUGCUUUGCCCAACUUGUUUAGAUGUAGAGGGUAGACUUGUAGUGCAUUUUUAAUGAACUGUUACACCUUUAUUAACAAUAAAUUGAAAAAUGUAUUGAGUGAGGGGAAAUUAAAAUGGUAGAAAAAUUCCAUUGGGUUGUACUGAGCUACAUGUUCAAAUGAAAACUGAUUUCUAUUGACUCAGAGCUAUUAGCACAAGAGCUGAUGGCAAACCAGUAGAUUUAAAAUUUGGACACAGACAUUGUGGUUGAGUGUCUCAGUGAUUCUCGCUGUUCUUGUUGUUAAAAUGAAAAUCUUUGUUUGUUUUGAUCUUUGUAAGACCAAGUGCCAAAGAACUUAUCUUUUAAUUUCACUUCUUUAAUAUUGGUUUUUUCAUGACUUUUUUAAUUAACAUUUUCUGAAUAUGGUUCUGCGUCCUUGGUAUUGCCAUGGCCUUUUACGGACUGAUAUGCACAUAAAUGAUGCUUUGAUAUGAUGGUUUACAGAUGGAUUGAAAAGGAUUUGCAAAGAAGAAGGAGUGAUGUCCCUUUGGAGCGGUACAGGGCCAUCCCUUGUUUUAGCUGGUAAUCCAGCUAUUCAAUUUAUGGUGUAUGAGGGUAUAAAGAAGUUUUUGAUGACUGAAGAUAACAAGGUCAGUGCACAUACAACAUCAUCUUUGCAUUUUUCCAUUUCUUUUUUUUUUUUUUUUUUACAAUUAUGUAUAUCAUAUGUUUUUUUUUAUUGGGGGUUAUGGAUAAAAGAUAGAGACAUAGUUUACAGUCCUGUUAGUAAGAAAGGAAACAAGGUGAGAGAACAAGGUGGAAUGUUAAGUGAGAGAUGGAUCUUUCUAGUACUUGGCAGAUAACAAAAAAAUUUCCCUUCAGUCUCCAUCAGCUACAGUGACAUUUUAUUAUAAUGUACACUUUCUGUCCCUUGCUGAUGUGGAGCCUGAAAUGCUAAUUAUUUUACCGACAAGCGACGACAAUUGAAAAGGGAAUCCAUCUUUACAAGCAAUUACUAUAUAUUGUAUAUUUUGUUCCGUUGUUUCAUUACGCAGUGACCAUGUUGUUUUGAAACUGACUCUGUAAUUGAGUUCGCCAGGGUUGUCAAAACGUCAGUCCUGCGAGAACGUCAGCAGAGACGUUUUUCAGACUCGGACGGCAACCAGAAGAAGAAUAAGACUAAUUGUAGCGCUUUAAUGCCAAGGUAUCUACCGUAAGGUCGUUUUUUUAGCACCUCAAACCAAAUUGUGCUGAGCAUAAAGUUGUAGUGAGCACUAGGAAUGAGAACAUUUGACUUCCAGCUGCCAUCCGUGUCUUUAAAAACGAUUUUGCCUGAGCAGUCCUUUUUACUGUUAUCGAGACGAUCAGACUACACGAUCACUAAAUCGUCUUCAGUUUAAUUUUUUGUUAUUGUACACAGUCUAUUGCAUCUUUGGUAAAGUAUUAGGCUAUCAACUAUAGUCUUUUUUAUUUUUGGAGGUUGAAUUACUACCAUGUGAUAUUGAUCGUGUGGCUCUGCUCCUGAACAGUGUUAGGCAAGCCAUUUAUUACAUUCACACCUUGAAUCUGACGAAAAUCCUAUGACCUGUAAGACCAUUGUAAAUUAAGCGGGGUGGGUGUGACAGAUUCAUGUAAACACAGUGAAAAUUUUAAAGCAUUUUACUGAACUUCGAUGGAUAAUGUACAUGCUCAGAAAAAAAUCAUCAGAACCGUAAUGACAUAGUUGGGAAGAUGUGUGAGGUGAAACAACAGAUUUGUAAACAAAAAUUGCUUUUUCCGCGAUAAGUAAACAUCACUUAAACUUUUUGUCUCUAGUUAGUAAAGAUCUGCUGUGCGGUUGUUCUAAGACUCAUGUUUUACUUUCAGACUCUUAAAAAGAGACAAUAUUUUGCUGUAGGCGCAAUUGCUAAAGCUGUGGCUACUAUCCUUACCUAUCCACUCCAAGUGGCUCAGUGCAAGCAGCGAGUAAGUGUUACAAUGUAUGUAGUGUGGUGUCUGUGAGCAGUUUCAAGGGGAGCUGCUCAGGUAGCCCACACACGAUGAACAGAAGCAAAGCAGGGUCCAUCGGCUUGCGUCGUUGUGGAAGCCGGGAGACCAGUAGCAAUAUUCUGUGAACUUCGUAGUGGGCCUUGCCUACCAUUAAGUCUCUAUGGCUGAAGGGAGAGUAUCGGGGCACGGAAUCCGAAGGUCUGAAGUUCGGUUCCUCGUGUGGACUAAGAAUUUUUUGUUUGUCCCACGCUCAUGACAUGACGAAAAACAUCGUUCUCUAUUUCUUUACUAAGCUUAAAACUUACCAUCUUUCUUAAUCUAUAUACAAAAUAUGACGCUAUCGACAUUGCUGAUCCUAGCAGUAUACAGGACGCGUGUCAUAUGAGAACUUCUUAAUAAGCUUUGCCCACCAUAUAGAGUCUCUGUUUCUGAGAGGUCCGAGGUUCGAUUCCUCAUAGGAGCUCAGAAUUUUUUCUUUGUCCCACGCACGUGACAAGACAGAAAACAUCUUUCCCCAAUAUUAUACGCACUAUUCCUUGAAAAAUUACGGGACAGGCUUAAUAUUUUGUGUGCCAUUUUUCUUGUUAUUAUGUAUGCUAUCUGAAGAUACUUUUAUUUUUAGUCUGGAAUCAAGACGCCAAGUGGAAAGGCAGACAUCCUGUCUCUUUUGGCAAGACUUGUGAGGUAUGACACUUUGUUUUGACUUCAUUUGUUCCAGUUGUGGUGGGUUUUACACAGCAGUGCUUGUUUGUGAUUACAACGUUGAGUAACAACUAGUUGUGAAGUGUGACUUUGUUUGUUUUGCAGGGAGCAAGGCUUUAAAGGACUUUAUAAAGGACUAGAGGCUAAGUUGCUCCAAACUGUUGCAACUGCAGCUUUGAUGUUUGUUGCUUAUGAAAAAAUAGCUGCGUUUAUUUUUAGUUUACUUCGCAGGACCUCAAGAUGAACAAUGAGAACAUGAAUUUGAAACAAUGGUCACUGGCUCCAUAGUGAGUUGAGUGAGGCCUUCUCCACACGAUACUUUUUAAAAUCGGUUCCUUUUUUCUCGUUUGGAUUCUUCCGCUCACAUUCACAUGGCGUUUUCGGGCAUCUUAAACGAAGGAUUUUAAAUCCGGUUCCCGAAGAGGAACUUUUUGGACGAACAAAAGCGGAGGAUUUCGGAUAAGAUGGUGUCAUCAUUGAUCUAGUCUACUUUAACCUGAUUCACGUUUCCGAAGUGAAAUCAAUAUGGCGGGUAGACAACGUAUGUCAUUAUUACUAUAGCUAAAUUCAAGUUCAGUAGCUUGAUCUCCAAUUCGUCAUCUGUCCAAAUGUUUUGUUUUGAAAACGGAGGAAAAAUUCCGUUUUCCAAUAUAUCCAGAUACGUCUUUAAGGGGCCUGAAUGUCGUCAAGCUGAGACUGAUUUGCGCCAAAUAUUAUCCACAGACUGUACGGUGGCUAUGGGCUGGGUCCUGAUGUUUUCAUCCGGCUUAUAAAGUUUGCCUCAAAGAGAGGGCUUACACUUAAUAAGCUUCUUUUGCCAGCAUCGUUUUUCAUUUUUUUCAAGCUGGGAUUCAGUUUUUUAGCCCGGCUUGGUUUAAGUCCUUGUCUGUAGAUUAAACGUCGUAAAUUCCUAGUUCUGGGGUCUUUUAUUAAGUCUUUUUCAAAGGGGCUGGCUGGGUGUAAACAACAUGGAGCCCAAAUCGAAGGGAAAGCAUUUUCUUUUUAACGGUAUUGCUGAAAACACUCGAGUGAAGGAUAAUAAUAUUAAAGCCACUUCCGGGGCUAUGGAAAGUGCUUGAAGCGAUUGGUUCGAUCGCGAAUGAAAUGCUCAACUCUGCACGUCUCUUGAGGGAAAUGAACAAGAGCGAUUGCUCAUACAAAAAUAUUUUUUUCUAAAAGAUUAUGUCGAAAAUCAACGUUAUUUGCUAGCGAGAGUGUGGAUAUUUGUGAAGUGUAUCGUGCUCAGUGUGAAUGUGCUGGAAGGAAAAAUUAAUGCAGAGAAUCUGGUGUUGUAAAACGUGACCAUAAGAGUCGAUUCGACUGCGGGAAAGUUGUU